AGUGCUAGUGUAGUGUAUCUAUUUAUGUAGUGAUUUGACAUCACUUUUCAUCAAAUAAAUGUCAUUUUUUUGGUCAUUUAAUUGAUUUUUAAUAAUCAUAAUAAAAAUAUUGUUAAAAUAAAAUGUAAAUAUGACUCUAGAAGACGAUGAAACACCUUGGGAAGUGGAAUUGGAAAAUGCAUUAUUAGAAGAAUGUUCUGUAAGCGAUAUAUAUGCAAUAUGUCAAGGGAAAACAUUACCAGAUAAUUUACGUGCUGAAGUAUGGCAAAUAUGUUUGGAUGUACAAGAUAAAGGCAAUCAACUUGUACAUUUUAAUGAAAUCUUUGAUUUACCAAAUCAAACCGAUUUACGUGAAGAUUGUACAACAUUUGUAUCGAAAUUAGGCAAUGAUGAUGAAGAUAAAGUAUCGGUUGUAUCGGAUUUAGAAUCAAUAUUAACAUUUUAUUGUAAAAGUAGAAAUUUUAAAUAUGAACGGCAUAAUGGUUGGAUUGAAUUAUUAUUACCGUUAUUAGCAAUUAAAUUACCUAAAUCGAAUACAUAUAAUUUAUUUGAGGCAAUUCGAGAUAAUUAUAUACCAAAAGGCUGUAGGCCAAAUGGUAGUGCAUUUCACGUGCUCCGAUUAUUAUUGUUAUAUCACGAUCCAGAAUUAUGUUCGUUUCUUGAUACAAAACGAAUAACACCGGAUUUAUAUUGUAUAUCAUGGUUUCAAUCAUUAUUCGCUGCAACAUGCACUUUACCCGUUGUAUUAUCCAUGUGGGAUCUAUAUUUUCAACAGGCUGAUCCAUUUUUUAUAUUCUUUUUAUCAUUAAUUAUGGUUGUGAAUGCUAGAGAACAAAUUAUGGCAAUGAAGAAUGAAACGAAAGAAACAGUUGUAAAAACAUUAGCAAAUAUGCCAUGUGCAUUAGAAGCGGAUGAUGUUACCGAUUUCUGUUCGUUAGCACAGUAUUAUGCAUUAAAAACACCAGUUUCAUUUAAAACGGAUUUACUUCAAACGUUAUAUGGUGAUGAUGAUGAUGAUUCAAAUUCAAGUUCAAUCGUUUCACAGGCCUUAUGUUUACCUGUUACUGCACAAGAAUUAGUUGAAAAUGUUUCAAUGGAAAUGUCUACAAAUGUUGAUUCGGUUCGAUUCUUUUUAGUCGAUUGUCGACCUGCCGAACAAUACAAUGCAGGACACUUACCGACAGCGUUCCAUUUAGAUUGUAAUUUAAUGUUACAAGAACCUACAGCGUUUGCAACCGCUGUACAAGGUCUCCUAACAGCACAACGUCAAGCUUUAGCUGCAAAUUCAAAUGCUGGUGGUGAACAUUUAUGUUUUCUUGGAUCUGGACGCUUAGAAGAAGAUCAAUACACACAUAUGGUUAUCGCAUCGUUCUUACAAAAGCAUACACAAUACGUUUCAAUGUUAUCGGGUGGCUAUCAAGCAAUACACGAAUUCUUUGGCGAAGAGGUAUCAACAUGCUUACAAGAUCAUAAUCCACAACAUUGUGUUAUGUGUAAUACGGGCAACAAUGGACAUAAUAAACUGGACUCGAAUGAUAAUCAUAAAACAUCUUCAACACAAUCGAGCGAUUUGUUUGGUAAAAUUUCAGCAGCCAUGAAAUUAAAGUCAGCUGAAGUAAAAGGUAAAUUAUUAGAUUAUAUAGCGAAUCCGAAUGCAAAUGCUCCAAUAAUUGAUAAACAUGUGUCAAGUAAUGAUAAAAACGGUAAACGUUAUCGAAAUGUUGCCCCAGUGUUUAGUAUAGACGAUGAUAAUGAUAAUGUAACAUCAAUACCAACCGCUGACGAUGAGGAAACUAAAGAAAUCGUAUCAAUUCAAUCAUGGUUAAAGAAUCCAGAUGUUAUUGAAAUAUUUAAGUGCCAAGAGGUUAAAGUGAAUGGUCAUAUGCACGAGAGUCAUUUAAUUGUAACGGAUAGUCAUUUAAUUGUAUUACGUGAGAUACCUGGUAAACGGGGUUUGGCCCAAGUGAUCGUACGACGACCCUUAUCUGGUAUUGUUAAAAUAACAGCACGUAAACGACAUCCUGAAUUAAUAACAUUCAAGUAUGGUUUGCCUGAUGGUGAGAAAUUGUUAAUUUCUGAUAUGGAUAAAUUUCUAAUACCUGAAGCAACAAAAGCGACUAAAAUUGUUUCGGAACAGAUAGUUAAACAACUGAAAGCAAAAGAAAGCUAAAGAAAACUAAAGCUAAUUUAUUUAGAUAAUAAAAACUAGCAAAUUAGUCUGUAUAUGUGAUAAAUAUUUAACUACAAUACUAAACUAAACUCUUGUGUAUUCUAUUUUUAAAAUAUAUU